AUGAGGUUGAAAUCGCGUUCAUCUGGAGGCCCCUCCUCGGCGAAUUCGUUUUCACAGGUUGACGCUAUUCGGACACGUUGGAUUGAGGUGUGCAACUUCUUUGCUAAGGUGCAAUGUAUAGAGACUGAGAGGGAGAUGAACAAAUUAAGCGCCAAGCUUCCCGCGAUUGAGAAGCAUCUGGACUUCAUCACUGAAGGGUUGAGUCAGGAGAGGAAGGAGUGGCUUCGGGGGGUCGGCCAUGCAUGCAUGUCUCAGACGCGGAUGUGGCACCCCUCUGUGGCGGAUUCAGUUUCACGCAGUCGAAUUUCCGAAGAGCCGCCGUCGCCUGUCAUUUAUCGAGGAACCAGUCAAGAGUUGGACACUAAUGAGUCUUCGAGAUCGCCGGAGGCACCCUCUCAAGAUCUUCGCGCUUCGGAUACAACACUAUUUCUGCUUCCGCCCUGCUAUUUUUAUCUGUUUGGCGACUUCACUCUGCAUUUACCUUACGAUGAGGACCCCUCUCCACUUCCGGUUAGGGGUGGCAACAACCAAACUAGCAACGUUGAUUUGACAAUGCACAAUAAAGAUGACAACAGUGAGGAUGGCGACUCAUCGAUGGAUUCCUCAAAAAUCCCGCUCGAACCGAGCGUAGCUUCAACGGCAGACCCCCUCUUAACCAUAGGACCGUUAUUUCUCCUCAUGCUCUGCAUGUACGCGAAGCACAAUCAGCCAGUCGGCGCCCGAUUGGUCAUUUUGCGUUUCCUAACGCGUCUCCUGAACGAGGUGGAUGUACCACCGUGCCUUCAUGUUCAGUACGCUCAUUUGUACCCCAGCAGUGCCCCCCGUUCUGUUCUGCAGAUCACCCCGGAGACCUCGAUCGUGCCUCUGUUGGAUAUGAUACGUUGUGUGGGUAGAGAUCUAGCCCCCACUUCUGGCGUGCGACAGGUAGAAACGCUCGAAAAGUGGCAUUCAUCCUCCGUAUCCGAUGCAUCGAGGUUUCGCAACUCCCGCCCAGCCAACUCUUCUCGGACCGAGGACCAAGCGACCAACGUUGCGAUGGAGAGGUUGGAGUUUGUGCGCUUUCUCUGUGCGCUUGCGGAAAAAAUGGAGCAGGUCCCUGACUUGGCGAACUUCUUUAUCACCACCAAAGACGGCGCGGUGGAAGGAACAACCUAUGGGGCGGACCAGCCCCCCGAAGCGGGUGGUCCGGUCGCGAAGCCCGCGGAGAUCUUGGAGCUGCUGAGGGAGUUGCUCCCGUACCUGGUGCUCGACGCCGCCGCCUCGGAUUGUGAACAGCGGCGCGACACCUCCCGCUUCGCGCUCUCGGCGAUUGUCUCGCUCGCGAAGUGCCCAGACCCGUGGGUGCAGGAUAUCGUCGCCGCGGAAGGGGCCAUUGCCGACCGGACACUUUUGGGCGCCGGCCACACCCUCAUCACCCUGUGCAAAAUCCAAGGCAACGACGAUAGCGAGGUGCAAAGGGAUUACCUGUUAGAUGUCUUGAAGUUCUGGUCCGCCCUAACCGUAUCCGCCCCGGUCGUGGCGUCCCAGUUGCGGCUGGUGGAGCGUAUCGAGAAGGAGUUUGUGCAAACGGCCCUCGUGCCGCUAUUGAUGUCACCUGAUAGCAUUGCCUACGCGGCGGCCUGCCUUUUGACGUCCACGUUCCUUGACGAGCUGAAUUCGUUUGCUCCCGCCGUGACCACCGCCUUUGGGAGUGUUUUAUUGGCUUCUGUCGUCCAUGUUAGCAACGGAAGACGCUGCGAGGACGUCCCUGACUACUAUACCUACUGGGUGGCCGCACAUGAGCGGGAGUGUGCACGAGGGGCCCACAAUAGCGUCGUGAGUACAGAUUUGUAUACGUCUUUCUUCAAUUUUUACAUAUUGCCGCACCUCACCACCACGUCUGUGCUCUCAGAUGAGAGCCGCAUCACUAAGGAUUCCCGAAGACUUUCGUUUACGGAGUGGACCGCGACUGAGGCCUCUUUGGUGCUUAUCAAAUCCAUGGCAGAGAACCUGCCCGUGAUGUUCCUCAAGUAUGUCUUGUUGCUUGACGUCAGGACGUUGACGAAUGUGUGGAAAAGGUUUAAUCCCGAACAUGCUGAGCCGCAUGUUGAGGGAAGCAGACGGAUGCGAGGGUGGUUUGCUACUACGUUUGCACCCCUGAUUGAAGUGAAUGACUGCUUCACUUCUUACCUUCGUACUGUCAAUAAGAGAGUGUGUGGGAUCACCGACGAGCAGCUUGCUCAGGAGGUGCUGGAGCGAAUGCUUCGGAUCGAGUCGAAUGCGCCUUUGAAUUACUUGCAUCAGCGCCAGUUAGCCGAGGGCUCGUUUUUCCAAGAUUUUCCUGAUCUGCCAGCAAGUUCGUCUGGACAGCGCGAGGACGUUCCGAAUGAGCGACAGGAUAUCGAGGAAUCGUCGUCGAUGAUCGCUGAUGAUACCGAUAGGGAUGCGAGCUUCACCCUUGCGAAGGACGCACGAGCCUCCGAGAUGCAGGUGGACCCUGACAAAACCAGAAACGCCUGGUUCGACGAGGGCCCACAUCAAGCCCCGUUAAUUAUUUCCCUUAGCCGUAUUCUUUUAAAAUUGCUUGAUCUCCCGUACCGGGUCCAUAUCAUUCUGACACAAACUCUUAUCACGAUUUGUCUUCUACCAGAUUUACGUGUCCUGUACACCCUCAUGGACUCGGAUCACGGCCGGCUAUAUCAUAGUUUACGCGUUCUGCGGGAUUCGGUUCACAAGUUGUUGGAUGGAGACAACAAAGCGUCUUUGGUUAUGGCUAACGUGAUGGUUGCCGAUUCAAACGGCAAGGAAACUAGCAAACGGAAGGGGGGUACCUCUAGGGACAACGACCAGGGCGCUGGCAUCGAUACAAAAUCUUCGUCCUCGACCUCCCUUCCAAGGGCUUCAGAAUUCCCUACCCUCAUCUUUCUGUAUAACACGUAUCUUGAACACUGGGAUUGCCUACCGCGCCCUGCUCUUUGGGAUUGUGAUGACCUUGGUGGUCAUCCUGCGCCAGAUCGUCCACUACCCGCGUUGCUUCCGGAAGAGGUUGGCAAAGCACUCAUUAAUAAUCAGUCAUUUUUGGAAACUUGCGCGGUACUCGAGAUGCUGCGCUUAGAACUCAGUGCGGUCGUGGGGUACAUGACCCUUUCGCAUAGUCUUUUGAAUCUGCAACCUGGUAAAACAUAG